GUGCCAGACAUUUAAGACAGAAAUGUGAAGGUAUACGUACACUUUCUCGGACGGUAAAAGCCGUUCGAAAUCUUUAAAGGAUCAAUUGCUUUGUUCUGUAGUCUUAUGAAGCUCUUUGGAUGGAUGCUUGCACAGGGUGUUAGUACUGAUCCCCCGAGUAGAUAUUGAUAAUUUCUAAUCCUAAUACCUAAUUCACCUGAUCACCGUGGCGUGAGAAAUCCUACUGAUCGAUAAGAGAAUCAAAAUACCUACUUUGUCAGUUCUAUUCGUAAUCGGUUGAGAUCAGUCGGUCUUAUUGACCAAGCUGCUGAAACGACCUAGGAAACUCCAGGAAACGUUCGAAAUUGUACGGAAAACGGUUGAUAUCAUACGGAACCCGAAUGAAAAUGAGAGACAUAGGAUUUUUCGCCGUCGGCAUCGUGCUUCUCGCACAACCUGCCUUGUCGAAAUUUACACUGACCAUCAUGCACACGAACGAUGUCCACGCUAGGUUCGAACAGACGGAUAAAUACGGCGGAUCCUGCUCAGCCUCCAAAGACGCAGCAGGCGAAUGUUUCGGGGGUGUUGCGCGCAGGAAAACCAAGGUGAACGAACUCCGAGUCAAGUAUCCAAAUUCGUUGCUGCUGGAUGGCGGAGACCAGUUUCAGGGGACGCUGUGGUUUACCAUAUUUAGAGGAAAGGCCGUGUCGUACUUUACGAACGCAAUUGGAUAUGACGCGAUGGCACUGGGCAACCACGAGUUUGACUUGGGCGUUGACGCCCUUGUGCCAUUCUUACAGAACGUCUCAUUCUCCGUCCUGAGCAGCAACAUCAACACGAGUAGGGAACCAUCAAUUACUGGAAAGUUCCAGAAGUCCACGACAAAAGUUGUAGCGGGUCAGAAGAUCGGGAUCAUUGGCUACACGACAACGGACACUGUAGAGAUAUCUAAAUCUGGCAACUUAAUUUUUGAAGACGAGGCUGCCUCGAUUCAGAAGGAAGUGGACAAAUUGAAGAGUGAAGGUGUCGAUAAGAUCAUAGCGUUGGGCCACGCUGGUUAUGAUGUUGAUCUGAAGAUUGCGAAGACGGUCAAAGGUCUUGACGUCAUCGUGGGUGGACACUCGAAUACCUUCUUGUACACCGGAACCUCACCCUCAAACGACAAGCCAGUAGGAGACUACCCCACUGUGGUCAACCAGGAGGACGGUGCCAAGGUAUUGGUAGUCCAAGACUACGCUUUCGGCAAAUACCUCGGAUUCUUACAAGUUGUCUUCGAUGAUAGCGGCAUAGUGGAAAGCUGGAGUGGCAACCCGAUUCUUCUCGAUAAUGAUACUGCACAAGAUGCAACAAUAUUGGAAGAAUUGAAAAACUGGACACCAGCCCUGACCGCAGCACGCACAAAGGUGAUUGGACGAACUCACGUAUUCUUGGAUGGAAUCCGGGAGCACUGUCGUCUAAGAGAGUGCAAUCUCGGUAAUUUCAUCGCUGAUGGCAUGGUCCAUCAGAACCUUGACCACCCUGAUGGUGUUUAUUGGACGAGAGCAUCCAUCGGACUGAUGAAUUCGGGUGGAAUUAGGACAGCUAUUAGUAAAGGCAGUGUGACCCUCGAGGAUGUGCUGACGGUUUCCCCAUUCCGAAACACCAUCGAUGUAUUCGAGCUGAAGGGAAAACACAUAAGAGAGGUCCUGGAACAUUCUGUUAGUAAAUGGGAUGCGGUGAAGCAGGCUGGACGAUUUUUACAGGUUUCAGGGUUGAUUGUGACUUACGAUCUCGCCAGACCCAUUGGCGCCCGGGUGGUGAGUGUGAAGGCCCGAUGCGGAGAUUGUGAGAUGCCUUCGUUCAGCCCCCUGGAGGACGAGAAGGUUUACCAGCUGGUUGCCCCGACAUUUAUCAUAGAGGGAGGCGAUGGCUACGGCAUGAUUAAACCCAACUUGAUUUCAAGACAUAUCAACGGUGACCUUGACACGGAUGUGCUAGAGGAACACGUCAGGAAGAUGUCGCCAAUAGCAAUAGGAUUAGAGGAAAGGAUACAAUUCGUCAAUGGAUCCACUGGGGGAGGACCAUGUGUCAAUAUAGCGAGAAAUACUAUCAUGAACUAUUACUUGAUGAUAAGUGCAAUAAUUAUGACAGUGCUUCUCCGAAGAGACACAUACACAUUAUGGAAUCAGUAGGAUAUUUUUUAUCAAGUAGCAAGUAACCCGCACUAUGGUCAUCAUGAUUAUCGUCGUCAUUAUCGUCGUCAUCAUCAUCAUAGCCAUCGUUAAAACAUCAUCAUGGCUCUUUAAUCAUUGACACUGCUCACUUCUACCGUCCAAAUAGGCUGAUCAUAAACCGCGAGAUGCGGAAUGCGAAAUCGCGAGAUGCCAACCUCGGUGAGAGUACCAUGCGCCACAUGAUGUAUCGCAAAUAUGGAACCUGAAAAGGCGAGCAUUCAUGAGACCGAGGCUGUAGUAGGAAGUCAUCCUUGUUUUGAUUGGCCAUUGAAUAAGACUCCGCUGUGCGAUGUGUGGAAUUUAACCUAAUUUACAUACAUUGUAUACAAAUAUAUAUAUUUGUUGGAAGUGACUAUUUGGCAAGCCCGGCUCGCCAAACAGCGCCUUUUUUCUGCCCUAGAUGGAGAGCCGAACUCAUGCAUAUUAAUGCAUCCAGGAGCUCAUUAUCAUUCGUGGCAACACGGUCAGCAACACUGGAGUUACAGUGAAACGCCUUUAGAAAUGCACACUAAUGCAUUUAACAUGCUUAUCAGUUAAAUCACGUUUAUGACUUAUUUUGUAAAUCCAUACAGUCAUGUGCAUGUACAUGCUUCUUCAUGGAUUAUUGACCAAAAUCCGAGUUUAGUAACAGAAAUUGAAUCGAGAGCGGGAAGUCGGCCAUUGUUAAAUAUGCGCAUAUAAAUUCGAAUAUGACGUCACUGCUCUCUGAUUGGCCAACAUGUUGUAACCUCUUCGGCUCGCCAAUGAGGGUAGUAUUUUUGCCCUGUUUGGCAAGCCCGGCUUGCGGAACAGGGUGGCUUUUUAGUGCUGUUUGGCAAGCGGCUCUCCAAACAGGACAAAAAAAGAUGCCUGUUCGGCGAGCGGCUUGCCAAAUAGACCUGGCCAUAUUUGUUUAUUCCUCCUUAGAUAUGAAGACAAAAUUUACAAUGAAUAGCAUAAACGCUUAGAAAUGAAAGUUAAAUGAAAUGACAUUAUGUACAAAGUGUUACAUUUACUAGUAAGGGUCGUAUACUAUGUAGCUAGUUAGUAUACCAUCCAGCAUUCUGCAUCAAUUUUCAGCAUAUGAAUGUUAUCGCUGUAGUCAAGAUGAUCAACUUGUUUCCCAAGAAGGGUUCCUGAAAGUUCGGAAUCGUCCAUGUUCCAGAGUGCGGCGUUGACAGAAGCGGAACAUUCAUUUUCCAGUCGUUGCCUCUCGAUUUCCGCUGAAAUCGGGACAAACGCAGAAGAAUGUACAUGUGGAUCUGUAUACGUUUUAUGGCAUCUGGGACACUGUGUCGGCUCGGACAGAAUUGUAAGCGUGUUGAGUCUUGCGAUGAAGGCAAAGUUUUUCUUAAUCAAAGGAUAUUCUAAAGCGGCUAGCCAGAUGAGCGAGGGAUAGUCCAAUGAUUUUUCGAUUUCGAGAGUUCUGUUAUGACCGUUAUUCGCUCUACAUUUUUCGGCAAAUAAAAAGUUCUCGUGAUUGAUAAUGGUUAUUUUCGUGAGU